AAUCUUUAGGCUUUGUGCUUUACAAAAUCUUUAUUGCAAUAGCGAAGAUAAUCCUACACUAAUUUGUUACGAAUCAAAACACUGGCCACUGUAGUCCUAAUAGACAUUUUCCUCGCUAAAACGAUUAGUUUAAAAUGGCAGCGAGAGUUUUGACAACUUUCUUACGACAUGGUACAAACAAAGUGCAAACACGUUCAUAUUACCCAGUUCACAACAAAAUUGGAAAUCGUGAGGUUGUUGGGCCAGGAAUUAAUCAAGAACCUACUUACAUAGAUGUAACAGACUUUCCCAUGCCUGCAAUUCGAUACAAAGAGAUCACUCCCGACAUCCAGGCGCUGAAAGAAAAGGAAAAAGGUGAUUGGAAGAAGCUCUCAAUCGAUGAGAAGAAACUCUUGUACAGAGCAAGUUUCAGGCAAACAUUUGCUGAAAUUGAAGCACCCACUGGAGAAUGGAAAUCAGUUUUAGGAAUUACCUGCCUGGGUGUCACUGUAUCGAUAUGGUUUUACGUAUGGCUCAAAAAAUACGUUUACGCCCCUCUGCCCGAGUCAUUCAGUGAAGAAAAUCAACUUGCACAGUUGGAACGUAUGCGAUUAUUAGACAACCAACCUAUUUCGGGACUUCCGUACGUCAAGCGUAUAGAGUAAAGAAAUUUUCUAGUAAGUUGAUGCAGUAGUAAAUAACAAAAACAAACUAUGCUAUUGCAAAUCUUGUAUAAAUCUGCAUUGAGCCAUGCAAAUAAAAUUAUUAGAGAUAUGUUACCGCCGUCGAUGAUUUAUUCAAAACUACGUUACAUAUUAAUGGGUGAAUCAUAUGAAAUACUUUUAAUAAUCAGCAAUAAGGCGGAUAGAUAACUGUUUUGGCAAAUAUGUUUAUAAAAAAUUUUCUUCACCAAUACUUUUUAUGUAAUUUAAUUUCUUCUAUCAUUAAUCGUGAAAUAAAAUGAUA